GGCUUGAAAAUUUUAUCUAUUUUCAAACGUAACAAAAACAAUUUGAUUGGCAAAACAAUAAUUUAAAGGAUUAGAGUCAUGUAGUGUAUUACACAAAACAUACCGAUCAGUAUUCAGUGUCUUAUGGAAAGGAAUCAAGAAAAUUGUGAGUCACAUUAAUAAAACAGGAUAAUUACGUUCUCCAUUUGGCAGGUCACAAGCAACAGGAAUAGACGCAUCACACCAGAUCGAUGUGGUGGACUUUUAAGCAACGAUGUGAUUGGUAAGUUAUGAAUAUAAUUAACAAUGUUCAUUGUCGAUUAUCGGUAGUUCAGUGGGUAUAAAAAAUAAAAAUUUUGAUGGAACACUCAAAUAGACGUUUUGCCGAUGUUAUCGUUGAAAAAAGUGAUGGAAUUUCCAUAAACAAACUAUUCAGCUCUGAGAACAAAGCUGUAUUGAAAUCAUCCACUUGAGAUACAAAUCUUUACCACUAUCCCAAAAUCAUAUGGGCGAAGUAUGCUUUUCGUUGCUCGAAAUAGGGAGGAUUUAACUAAAAACAGGCUUCCAAUCGAGACAAAUGUAUUUUCUCUACAACUGCCUUCAUCAACAUAUUCUGCCAACACGUAUAUGAUGCAGACCUUCAAUCAGUUACCCAGUACGAUAGAAAAUUAUUCCGCGAAAAAGAACAAUCCCUUAAGUAGUUUGUUGAUUUGUCAAUUCACAGUUCUCCUUCUUUUUAAUGUUUUAUAGAUUAUUUUAGCCACGUAAUAUUUGCUGAGGCAGAUUAACGGUCAGCAUUCUUACGGUUAACAUUGGAGCAUUGGAACAUUGGACCGAAGCUGCUACCUUGACGUGGUGGUCGGGCUUGCCUAUCGUGAUGACCCAACCGAGCUAUAUUGGCUGGAACAUGUGUUCCUGUAGGUUCUACCAUGCCAGGCAGGUCGAUUGGUGAACGGUAAGACUAAAAGCAGCAACUCAAAGUCUGAGGGCGAAGUCGUACUGCUGACUGUACAGAGGUGUGACAGCAGUAAGGUGUUUCCUUCGGACGAUCAGCAUGACAGCGAUGCUGCCUUCCCACAAGGAGGGGUGGGGUUGGAAAAGGUCGACCCUAAAAAUGUCACACCUCACCUUACCUCACGGAUUUCCGUCUCCGGCGGUAAGGCCAUCUGAAGAACGGAGCCAACACGUCAAAAACCUUCUACAAAAAGGCCGUGCGCGACCGGCCUCAAGCAGUUGUCCCUUGGGCUCUGCGGUCACGCUCCCAUGUCGUUAAGACCAACACUAAUCCAAUUUCCUUUUCAGGUUCCUCAAGAAAUACCCUUCCACGGUGUGGGCAGCCGGGAAGUGACAUCAGCCCUCAUACCCGUAACAGCACGCGAGACCAAGUUGGUCACAUUCAAAUCCUUCCUACACCUAAUGCCUCUCUUAUCUCCAUGACCAACCCUCCUCACGUCUCUUUAUUACAUCGCACCGCUAGGGCAAACGAUUCGAGUACGUGGAACGUUAUUCCUGGUCUCCUGAAACCACGCUCUAAACUACACGUAGGAGCUUUUAACGUCCGAACACUGUGCCAAAUAAGACAAGAAGCUUCCUUAGCUAGAACUUUAGAAUCUCGCGCCAUCAAUUUGUGCUACGUCUCCGAAACGCACACACAGGAUCCGAGUAGCGUCAUUCAUUUGACCUCACCAUGCCAAAAUAAAGAACCGACUCGAUUUACGCUUCGUGUAUCUGGAAGCCCUGAUUCUGCUUCCCGUGGCCUCGCCGGCGUAGGUAUAGCAUUGAGUCCUAGGGCAGAACUAGCUCUCUUAGAGUGGAUCCCAGUAGACAGUCGUUUGUGCGCUGUCCGACUGAACGGAACAGUAAGAAUCCGGAAAGAUAGGGACACUCGUCGUUGCCUCUUCGUCGUCUCUACCUAUUCUCCCACUGACUGCAGCUCAGAUGAUGUAAAAGAUGAGUUUUACAGAAAGCUUUCGGACCUUCUCCGAAAAGCUAAGCGCUCGGAUGUAGUAAUAGUGGCCGGUGAUUUUAAUGCUCAAGUAGGUAAACUAAGCGAUAAGGAAAGACACCUGGGUGGAUCUUAUAGUAUCGUGGCUCAAAGAACAGAUAAUGGCGACCGUCUGUUGCAGCUAUGCUCAGAUAACCGCCUGUUCCUUGCAAAUACUAACUUUAAGCAUAAGGAAAAACAUCUUUUAACAUGGAGACCCCCUAAUUCGUCCCAACGAUGGACCCAAAUAGAUCACAUCGCUAUCAGCCACCGAUGGAGGGGCUCGAUAGAAGACUGUCGCUCAUUCUGGAGCACAUGCCUAGAUUCAGAUCAUGCUCUAGUACGAGCGCGUAUUUGCCUGCGUCUUACUGGACGUAGGAAAAACGCUGCAAGGAAACCUCUUAGGGGCCUACUUAAUGAUAGUCAAGCUAAGAGUAUAUUUCAGGAACAACUAGGAAAAGAGUUAGACAGCCAUGUAUGUGAUGCCCACCCCGAGGCAGCAUGGAAUGAUAUCCGAAAAGCUGUGGAAACAGCAGUGAUAUCUGUUAGUAAGGUAAACCACAAGGUUAGGAAGCAACACUGGAUUUCAGCAGCAUCUAUCGCACUGAUAGAUGCUCGGAAACUCAUUCCACCUGGCUCUGAACAUAGUGAAGAGCGGAGUCAGCUUAAGCGCAAACUGACAAGAAGUCUACGCAAUGAUCGCGAACAGUGGUGGGUAGCGAAAGCAAGAGAGAUGGAAAAGGCAACGGCAAUAGGUAAUAGCAGACAAUUGUUUAGACUCGUUAAGGAAACCGGAAUUAGGAACCCGACUGUUAGCGAAACAAUCUCAGAGAAAGAUGGACAUAUUAUUCAUUCUCAAUCCAGGAGAUUGGAUCGAUGGGCAGAAUACUUCAGGGAUCAGUUCAACUGGCCUUCAGCCACACUUCGGUUUCCCACGAUCUCCAGUCAACCUGAAUGGCAAGUUAAUGUAGGUCCUCCGUCUCUUUAUGAAGUUGAAAAAGCCAUAGGAAAUCUGAAACGAGGGAGAGCAGCAGGCCCUGACAGGUUUACUCCUGAGAUUUUUAAGGAUGGUGGUCCAGUAUUAGCAAUGAGAUUAACCGAGGUCUUAGGUAGAAUUUGGGAACUGGACGUAAUCCCAUCUGACUGGUCUCAAUCACUGAUUGUACCAGUUUAUAAGAAAGGACAAAAGUCCUCUUGUGACAAUCACAGAGGAAUCAGUUUGACUAAUAUAGUGUCUAAAAUAUUAGCUUCAAUAAUACUUCGACGCCUAAUCAAAGCUCGUGAAGAGCAAACUAGAGAAAACCAGGCCGGUUUUCGACCUGGACGUGGUUGUAUAGAUCAGAUAUUCACACUACGUCAGGUUCUAGAACACAGACACACAUUCAGACACCCCACAAUGGUAGUAUUUCUCGACAUUAAGGCGGCAUUCGACUCUGUUGACCGUGAGGUUCUAUGGCAGUGUUUGUCACUGAAAGGAGUACCAAAGAAGUACAUUAACCUUAUAAAGGCUCUCUACUCGAACACAACUGGUAGAGUGAGAGCUUAUGGCGAACUGUCAUCAGAAUUGAUUACCUCAAGUGGUGUUCGUCAGGGCUGUCCACUCUCCCCAUUCUUGUUCAACUUUGUCAUUGACGUACUUUUAGAGAUAACACUCUCCUCAUCUAAAUUUCCGGGGGUUGAACUUCUACCGGGAGGUUCACUUGUUGACUUAGAAUAUGCCGAUGAUAUAGUUCUAUUUGGUGAAGACUCUGACAAAAUGCAGAGUCUUCUGACCACUCCAAGCAACAAUGCAAGCAUGUUGGGGAUGCGAUUCUCUCCCUCGAAAUGCAAAAUGUUGCUUCAGGAUUGGGUUACAUCGACACCCGAACUAGUGAUAGGGAGUGAAGUAGUUGAGUGUGUCGACCGCUUCACUUAUCUUGGAAGUCUCAUCAGCCCUUGUGGUCUGGUGUGUGACGAAAUCUCAGCACGGAUACAGAAGGCUCGACUAGCUUUUGCCAACUUGCGUCAUUUAUGGCGUAGGCGAGAUAUCCGUCUGUCAACCAAAGGACGUGUUUACUGCGCAGCAGUUCGUUCCGUCCUACUUUAUGGCUGUGAAACAUGGCCGGUAAGAGUAGAGGAUAUUCGUAGGUUACUAGUAUUUGAUCAUAGGUGUCUUCGAAGUAUUGCUCGUAUAUCCUGGGACCACCGAGUAAGUAACGCAGCUGUUAGGAAACGGGUACUAGGUAAGGAUGGCAAAUCAAUUGAUGAAGUAGUGAAACUUCAUCAGUUGAGAUGGCUGGGACACGUGUUACGUAUGCCCAACCACCGACUACCUCGACGUGCUAUAUUCAGUGGUAUAGGAGUAGGUUGGAAGAAAGCUAGGGGCGGCCAGACCAAAACAUGGCACAAAUCCAUGAAGUCACUGACAAGUGGACUGAGUCAUGUUGGUAGGUGUAGACUACCUGGUUGGGGACCGCGAGAUGAUAGCAACCGAUGGUUAGAGACCCUGAAUGACAUGGCUCAAAAUCGUUUGCAAUGGCGCAGGUGCAUACACUCUCUAUGUUCUCCCAAAUUCUAGUUAUCUGAAUUCUUCAUGCCCCUUUUUUUUCCUCUUUCCAAAUUUAUUUCACUGGAUUAUACUCGUUAAAUAACAUCUCCAAACCCUAAUCUUCCCGAUUACUGCUUAUACUCUUGUUACCUCUACCACUACGGGAUUUGAAUCGACCACUGCAUCUCUGUGCUAAUGUGGUAUGGCAACUCGAACUGAUGUACGUACGUACUAAGUUCUACGUUGUUACUGACUGACUGACUGAACUAUAAUUCUUUAUGCAGCGUUCCCAAUAGUAAAAAUUGUGGAUAAAAACAUAAAUAGAAACAAAUGAUUGUUUUAAGUGUCGUAUGCCUAAUAUGUUUUCAAGCAUAGAUUACACUAUCAAAUGACUAUCAGCUAAGUGGAUAACGCCCUAUCGUUUGAUACGAAAGGUACUGCGUUCUUGUUACAGGGUCAUCAUCAACUCUGAGUAUUAAGUACAUCCAGCUGACGAGUCCGAAAUACGAUGUAACGCACGUCCUCCAGUCCAUUGCCAGUCAUCACCCAUCCAUGCUUAUAAUGCUUCUUACUGAAGGCAAUAUCGAGGCAACGCUCACAGUAUGCCAGUGAGAGCCUGAUCAAACGCAGACCUAACAAAAAAACGCAAAAGUUGAAAUAAACUAAAUCAAGUGAAUUUAUUGUCGCUCUCGAUCCAUACAACGUUUCAUAAAAUUAUCUCAGACGGUUAUCACGAAUGUCAUCAUAUUAACCGAUCAAUUUAACAUUUUGCUACAGCUUCUUAAGAUCUAAAGGAUAUUCUAUUUGACGUUGUUGAUAGGAAUUUUCCUAGAAUACGGUCUGUUCAAUCUAUUAUAAUUUUGUGUGAGACAUGAAUUCUAUGUGUUAAUUUGGAUUAAAAAUAUGGAAUUGAGUAAACUUCCUUUUGUGUACAUCAAUCUCAGUAUUUCUCACAUGUGAUAAACACAAAUGAUGAAUAUUAAAUAUGACAAGAAGAAGGGUUAUCAUGUGAAAAAUGAUUCAUCAAUAUGGAACAUUCAUAUCUGGUGGUAUUCACGUUAUGUUUAAUUCUAGCUGAAAAUUGUUUUGCUUUUAUAAUAGACAGAGUGAACCUUAUUAUUUGAAAUGCUACUUGAUUCAUGAGAGAAUACUUAACUUUUAGUUAUGUUCCACGUCCAGUUGUUAAAAUCAAUUAACUUGACUUACACAAAUUAUUGAUUUCCCCCAUCAUAGAAAUCGAACUGUUCAAUUACACUUGAUAUUAAGUAGAUGAACAAAUGGAAUUCAAUAAAUGAAUUCGAUGAUAUUUACAUCGUUAUUACAUACUGUAUGAUAAUUGAAUAUUCAUUCAUUAGAUAGAACAUUGAAUUCGUCGUUAGAAAUAGUUGAAUUAGUUAAGGAAAUAGAAAACACGGUAACUAAUAAUGAACCAAUCUCAUUUGCUUUGUUAUGUGAAAUAGAUUUGUUUUGAAGUCGCACUUACGCAUUCAUUUCUAUGUUGAUAAGUGAAUAUUUUCUCGAAUUCGUGAUACACAAUCAUUUAUCAUAUUACAGUGAUUUCUUUGGUAUUAUGCCAUAUAAAACGUCAAUUUAACUAAUCGAAAUUUCUCAGCUUUUAACCAGUAGGGUAAGAGUAUUGUAGUUGGUAUACCGUAUUCGCGAGUAAACAAACACAUAAAUAAUCAAAUGAUUCAGGUUGUAAGAAAGAGAAAACUUCAAAAUGUUGACGUACAGCAUCCACAUAUAAAGUUGUUCAAUCUUUAUACACAGACAAAAAAGUGAGUAGUUCAGUGACAAGGUCUAUAAAUGUGGGGCUGAUAGACACGAAAUCAAAUACAUCACUUCUCUCAUGAUUACACUUACAGCUGGCUGACGAUGACGUUUUUGCAUGAAACUUAUAUUUAGGUUUCCUCGGCGACUUUCUUCAGCUGUCACAUUACAUUUGUAUGUGUGUAUUCAUGGCGUAGAAGAUAUAUAUGGUUUUCCAUCAGAGAAACUAACCAUACUAUUAAAGAGAAGAAAUAACGUACAUCAAUAAUGUUUCGAUGGUAUCUCGACUGACGUUAACACUUUGUAGAGACUUCAUUCAACCCAAACCAACCAGCACAUCACAGCAAUAAAAUCAUCUUCAAUUUAGAGUGUUAUGACUCCUUUGUUCACAAUUAACUAACAGUUAAAUC